AUGGAGAACGGCUUUAAAGUUCGAAUCACAAGAAUGUUUCAAUCGCCGUUCAACUCUUGCCGGACAAAACACACCUCCGACGUUGCUGAUCAGCCCUUUUUCUUCCCGGAAAACCGCCAUCACCGCCAACUCAUCGAUCUCUUCUCCCCUAAACCUCAGCCAUUUCGUAAACCCAAACACCAAAACGUCUCCGAUAGAAACACUCUAUUGCCGGAAGCUACAGAUGCCGGAAAACCACACUCUGCUACCAUUCCGCCGCCUCUGUUCUACGAAAAGAAAUCCAAAAGCACCAAGAAAAAGAAAACCCAUUACCGGAAAACCACCAAAAGCCAAGAUUUUUCAUCUAUUACAGAUAAUUACUACUACGAUUGUUGCACCACCGAUGACGAAGGUGAAAGCGACGGCGAAACCACUAUGUUUUCCUCCCGAUCACUUUCCUCCGACUCGUCGGUGUCUUUUCGCAAAAACAGAGAGCGACGAUUGACGCAGAAAAAACCCAAGAAAAGCCGCGGUGGCCGUGGAUGCAAGGAUCUUAAAGCUACUGAUAUAAUCCCAUUGAAGAGUAAAGGCAAAUUCAUCACAGAUAGUGUUGCAGUGGUGAAGAAAUCGAACGACCCACAUGAAGAUUUUAGGGUUUCGAUGUUGGAGAUGAUCGUUGAAAGACAAAUCUUUGGAGCACGUGAUCUUGAGAAUCUUUUAGAGUGUUUUCUUUCAUUAAAUGCUCAAGAACAUCACAGGGUUAUCUUUGAAGUUUUCACUGAGAUUUGGGAGACUCUUUUUUCCGACUGGCUUUGA